AUGACGGUGCGGGCCAGUGGCCAGUGCAUUGUGUGGAUCUCUGCAGCUGCUGCAGUUCGCAGGUGCCAAGGGCCUUUCAAGGUGCCGCAAGCUGUUGGCUGUUGGGUCUCACAUGACAUCAAGAUCCAGGUUUCUGUCACUGAGCACCAAGAGAGCCAGGACGCCUUCAGGGCAUGGCGUGCAGCCUGCGUGCAGCAGUGCAGCAUGGAGGGAAGUCUUUUUUCCGGCAGCCGCUCGGUUCAAGCCGGUGCGGGCGCCGCCAUGAUGAGCCUGUCCAAGCACGGUUCGAUAAUCGUGCAGAAGCAGGAGCCCUCAUUGACGCAGCUGCGGCGUCGCGGGUUCUGCGUUCUGCGUUCGCGUGGACGUUCUUCGCAGGCUCAUGUGGCGCCCUUUCCCUGGAGAAACCGAGUGCUGCGGUCUGGAAGGGCACGGUCCUCCAAAGGGCCCGCCGCGGGGGCAAACAGGCAGGCCGCCGCCUUCCAGGCUGGAGUCUCGCUCGCUUCCUUGUUGGCCGCCACGGUUUCGACCCAUCAAAGGAAGCGAUGGUCAAGGCUGGGGCGACCGGCACUUGCGAAUGCCGUGGAGAGCUAUGCAGAGAACCACGGCUUCUUGAUGUUGAAGCCGCACGCGAACACGGCCGCCUCCCGCACCUGCUUGAAGCAGCUGCUGUCGCAGAAGCACAUUCAGGUUAUCGAGGAGGGCGAGAUCACUGCGACUGAGAUCCGGGAGAGGGGACUCAUCGACAUCCACUAUGGGAGCGUGGCGGAGAAAGCCCUGCAGCAGCAGCCCUCUAACAUGCAUGUGCCGACAGAGGCGGAGAAGGAGUUCGAGGAAUGCUUCGGCAUGUCCUGGGUCGAUGCCUUGAAGCAGGACAGAGUGUGCAACGCCGUUGAGGCACAGAGCAGGCUGGGAUGGACUUCCCAGGAACUGGGCACGCAUUGGGACACGCUGAAGAUGGGUGAAGGCAAGGUGAAGUUUGGCGGCGGCUUCUACUGUGGGCGGCUGCAAGACAUCUUUGUCAUCAACGGUUUCUACAUGGCCAUGCGCGGCCAAUACCUGAUACCUGGAAGUUCGGUGUGGUGGUUCAAAGUGAAGUGGCAAGCCGCCGACAUGUCCUGGAAAAUGUUUCGUGAAGAGGUGGUGGGCAGCACCGAUCCUGCAACUGCUGCUGAGAAAUCCCUCCGUGGCAUCUUUCACAAGAGCUGGGCAGAGCUUGGCCUACCGAGCCAACCUCACGUGGGCGAGAACGCUGUCCACGGCUCUGCGAGCCCCUUCGAGGCUUUGGCGGAGAAACGGAACUGGCUCCAAGCGGACUACGCGAGCGAUCCCUUUGGCUCCCUGCUGCUCGAACGAGGUGUGACUGCAGACUGUAUCGGGAGAUGGCAGAGAAACCCGGUGGUGAACCUCGAUGGGAGGUCGCAGGCGGUCUUCGACCUCUUCGAGAACAUGGAUGCCGAAUGCUGCUUAGAAAAUGCGGGCAAGCUCAGGGCAAAUGAGCAGCUGCAGGAGAACCACGGCUUCUUGAUGUUGAAGCCGCACGCGAACACGGCCGCCUCCCGCACCUGCUUGAAGCAGCUGCUGUCGCAGAAGCACAUUCAGGUUAUCGAGGAGGGCGAGAUCACUGCGACUGAGAUCCGGGAGAGGGGACUCAUCGACAUCCACUAUGGGAGCGUGGCGGAGAAAGCCCUGCAGCAGCAGCCCUCUAACAUGCAUGUGCCGACAGAGGCGGAGAAGGAGUUCGAGGAAUGCUUCGGCAUGUCCUGGGUCGAUGCCUUGAAGCAGGACAGAGUGUGCAACGCCGUUGAGGCACAGAGCAGGCUGGGAUGGACUUCCCAGGAACUGGGCACGCAUUGGGACACGCUGAAGAUGGGUGAAGGCAAGGUGAAGUUUGGCGGCGGCUUCUACUGUGGGCGGCUGCAAGACAUCUUUGUCAUCAACGGUUUCUACAUGGCCAUGCGCGGCCAAUACCUGAUACCUGGAAGUUCGGUGUGGUGGUUCAAAGUGAAGUGGCAAGCCGCCGACAUGUCCUGGAAAAUGUUUCGUGAAGAGGUGGUGGGCAGCACCGAUCCUGCAACUGCUGCUGAGAAAUCCCUCCGUGGCAUCUUUCACAAGAGCUGGGCAGAGCUUGGCCUACCGAGCCAACCUCACGUGGGCGAGAACGCUGUCCACGGCUCUGCGAGCCCCUUCGAGGCUUUGGCGGAGAAACGGAACUGGCUCCAAGCGGACUACGCGAGCGAUCCCUUUGGCUCCCUGCUGCUCGAACGAGGUGUGACUGCAGACUGUAUCGGGAGAUGGCAGAGAAACCCGGUGGUGAACCUCGAUGGGAGGUCGCAGGCGGUCUUCGACCUCUUCGAGAACAUGGAUGCCACGGGCUGCCUUCAGAAAGCCAAGAAGCUCUGCAAGGCGAAGGAGUUCAGACAGGAAAAUGACCAAGCACCGGUAUGGACGAUGCCGCCGUUUACUACUGAGACGAUGAUGCGCUGGCAAAUGAGUUUGUCUAAAAUUCAUGCACGCUGA